AUUGCAACGCAGUGUGUCUCAAGAUGUCAUUUUGUAAAUAAAAGGAAAUUCUCAAAUCUCAUCUUGAGAUAAUCUACUUUUACAUCAUCUUAGCUUAAUUUGUUUAUCAUCUUUGGUUUAUUUCAAUAAACCAAAAGCUAUUGACGUUCUACCUCAAGAAUUAGCUGACCCUGUGCUGUAGAAGUGCUUUUAAAAACGUACCUUUUAAAGUGAAACUAUGGAUCCGGAAAGACCAGAAUGUAGCUCAAACCACGGAAAGAGGACUCGGCCUUUGCUUUUGCAGCCGAGCCCAAAGAUGGCAAAGACUUCGUCCCAGCCAGGACCAGCAUCGAGCAGCUCGUUAAAGAACUCUAGGCGAUACGGUCCAACAUCGCCUAAGAGGUCGAAGAUUACGUACAACCGAGAUGACGUGCCAGCCUAUGGCACCCUGGUACCUGACAGGUUGAUACGGAAGGCUGGGCCUUAUUUACUAGGACCCAAGCUGGGCCCUAGUCCAGUUAAAAGUAUAGUUCAAUGUUUGGCUAGGAAGGAGAAGACUGAUAAAUUUUAUCAGAUUAAAAUCUUGACUAUGAGGAAUGAGGGGCAGUCGGAGACGCAAGAUGAUAGACAGGGCAAGAUGCUGUUGCACACUGAAUAUUCCUUGCUGUCUCUGCUCAGGGAUCAAGAUGGUGUUAUUCAUCAUCAUGGACUGUAUAAGGACCAUGCCUUAGAAGAGGUGCCCAACCCUUCAGGUCCCGGUCAUAUCUACACAGGCAGAGUCAGACAAAGACUGUUUCUAGUACUAGACUGUGUGAAUGCACAUCAGUUCAGUGAGAAAGGCAGUGAACUUAUAAACCUGCAGCAAUAUGUAACUAAAGUUAAAAAGGUUCCAGAGAAGGAUGCCAUACUAAUCUUCUAUGAUAUAGUCAGGGUAGUUUCACAGUUGCACAAGAGGAAUAUAGUGCACAGAGAUUUGAAGCUAGGCAACAUAGUGCUGAACCAAAGGACUGGAAGGAUUGUGCUAACGAAUUUCUGCCUUGGCACUCAUCUGGGCAGUGACAGAGAUCUCUUGAAGGAUCAGAGAGGAUCACCAGCUUACAUCUCUCCGGACGUGCUUCUCUGCAAGCCCUACCUCGGCAAGCCUUCAGACAUGUGGGCGCUGGGAGUGGUCCUGUACACAAUGCUCUAUGGACAGUUCCCGUUCUGCGACACGAGCCUCGCGCAGCUGUUCAGCCGCAUCCAGCAGGCCAGCUACAACAUACCGCCUGACGGCAACACAGUGCAGGCGUCGGACAGCACGGUGUUCCUCAUACAGAGGCUGCUGGUGAAGGACCCCAAGCACAGGCUACUGGCGGACGAGGUGCUAGACCAGCUAUCCACCAUCAUAGCCUCCUACGUCAUAGUCCCAAACCCACCAGAAGACUUGCAAGUGGUCCCCGACAUACCACUAGACGAAGACACUAGCAAAGACAAGGCUAGUGCGGAGAAUGUUGCGAGCCCGGAGGUGGAUAGGAAGAUUGUCAUGAGCAUACCGGAGAGCAGUGGCGAGAGGACUGGGAAUAGUAGUGACGAGCUCGGCGUAUUCUGCGUGAACCUGCCCGACGACGUGGCUCUCUCCCUCUCGCUGUGUCGCGUGGCGCCGCGCCCGCCCGCCCUACAGCGGGUGGCGGACGCCGCCCCGCUCACUCCCGCCGAGGUGGCCCAAUACCAACACCUGUUCGCCUCCAACCAGAACCUUCGCACAGAAACCGCCCACCAAAGACGAGUAGCUUCCGACCUCACAUCAGCUCUACAAAACUUCGUACCCGACAGAGCACAACCGGAAAAUUCUAGACUACGAUCACUAGCUCAAAGAAUCCCACGCUUAAACCCUAUAAUACCCACCACUUCUAACGGACAAAACUCGUCAUCUUCAUCAUCGGCUGGUUCUACAGGUGACGGAUUUAGGGUUACCUGGGCAGAAAGAGCCAGGCAAGAUCAGGAUUAUGUUCUGAGGUUGCCAGUUCUAGAUCUUUCUAGAGUGCAGAGUAAUAGGGUUUUGAAUGCGGUGUCUAUGCAAGUCAGUCAGGAGGCUAGGCAGAAUGGUGAUAAUGCGAGUAGUGAUAUGGAGUUUUAGUUUAGUUUAGGAGUGGUUGGGUUAUGUCGGUUGAUGUGCGGUAAGUGUCUUAUCACGGUUAUUAUUUUAUUAUACUUUAAAUCAGCUCUCGCGGCAUGAAUUCUUUAUCUACGCAGCUAAACCUCACGAUGCGAGCUCUGGGGAAAGUAAAAUGAUACAUCAUAUAAUAUUUUGGAAAGAUUUAAAGAUGUUAUGAAGACGUCAACAAAUUUCGGCUCUAUCUUUAAUUUAUUAGUCUCGAUCUCUACGAGUAUACAUAUGCCUAUUCCACAUUUUACACAUCAUACUUAUUGGAGUAAUAAAAUUUCAUACUUACUUUCUGCAAUGUUAGUAUUUGGCUUUAUACUCUUUACUACCGAAUCAAUAAAAUAUGACUUUCCCUACUUUAUUUAUCGUUUACCUUAGAAAACUGUAAAAUAUACAAUAAAAAAUUGGCACUGCCAGGUGUUCAACGAAUUUUACAAUCUCAAUGAUUUGUAUGAAAAUCAUGAAUAUACCUACUCCCUGAAAUACUGAAUAAAUAACUUCAUAUUGAAUCAUAGUAGUCGAUAAUCUUACUAGCCAGAUUGGCUAUUUAGCUAUUAGUAUAUAAGUGUUUAAAAAAAGUGUAUUGACCUGUUGAGAUAUGUAAAUACCUACUAUAAUAUGACUAUAAAUGUCCUAUGUAUGAAACUAGGUAGCUAUUACAAGCUAUGGGGAAUCCUGUAUGUUUUUGAGAAACACCAAAUUAUAGCAAUUAAAACAUAACUUGUAAAUAUAAUACUAACUAUCAAACUAUGAAAAAGGUAUAAAUACUACUCUUAGGGCUUGUUUCACAAUGUCUGGAUAAUGGCUACCUGUUACAGAUACUUAAAAUACAUGCGGUCACUCUCUGUAAUUAUGUUUUAGACAGUGACAGCAUGUCUUUUAUCCCACAGGUAUCCAUUAUCCAGACAUUGUGAAACAGGUCCUUAACGACUAAUAACGAUACUUAACACAUAAACCGGUACUAUACUUUAUUAACAUUAUAUUAUUGCCAAAUGUUGGGCAACGAAUUUACUUUUGACUGUUCCCUUUAGAUGUAGGAAGACAAUAAAAAAUAUUUAGGUAUAAGGUUAUAUUUUAUGUUAGAUUAUGCAUUUUACCAAUUUAAAGGUUUCAUUAAUAAUCAUACGAUGAAAUCAAACGCCAGGUCUACAUCUGUAUUUGUUUCGCGUAUCAGAUCUCCGUAUCUUAUCUUGGAGCGUUUUAUAAUCGCUAUACUUUGUAAAAUAUAGCAUGAGUCCUAAGACAUAUUUCAAAU